GUCGACGUCAUAGCUUUUACGUGCGCAAUUCGUACUCAUAGUGCGGUCGGCACAAUGGCAAAUCACACGAUUUACACGGCUGCAGCACGAGGGCAGCCGUGCCGCACGAUUUGAGCAAGAGGGGCUGCAUGCGAGAGGAUGGCCCGACGACUGAUAAUGGUCGCCCUGCUGCUCGUCGCAUCCGGCGCCAACGUGAAGCCCACAAAAGGACCGGCAGACCGGCGGCUCGUCGAGCGCGCGGCGGCGAUUGACGUGUGGUUCCAGCAGCACAGCCGCGAGUACCGCGCGGCGCACAAGGGCGGCAAAGCCUUCACGCCGCCGAACUGGACCGUCCGCAAGGCCGGGGACGUGCCGCAGCCGUGGCACGAGAUCGGCAACCAGAGUAUCGCCAAGCGCGUCUUCCGUGCACGCGUCGGUAGUCGUAGCGUCGUUGUGAAGCGGGCGAUCGGCGUCCGGUCCGGGCCGCACAGAGGAGAGCCGAAGGGCGCGGACCUGGGCGGCAGCGUGAUCUACCUCGAGCUGGUCUACCUCGAGGCGUUAAGGGGCGCGCCGGGCGUCCCGGAAUUGUUGGGCGGCUGGUUCGACGGGCCGCACGUCUACUACGUUUUGAGCGACGGCGGCGAGCGCAUCGGCCGGGGCGUGUCGAAGGGCGUUGGCACGGCGCCGACCGUGCUCUCGGACGCGUUCCGCACGCGCGCCGCAAAGCAGCCGCUCCAAUUAGCGCGGUCACUGUUAGCGUGCUUCCAAUCGUGGACGGCGGCCGGCUUUCUCGAGGACGAUUUUAAAGCUGAGCAGUUCACUCUGGAUGGAAACGGCCAGAUCUAUCUCGUCGACGGUCCGCACCUCCGCGGCGACUCUUUACUUGGCGAGGCCGUGGCGAGGACCUGGCCGCACCGCGGCGCCGCGAAUAUGCUGAACCGCGACGUUAGGACAUGUGCGCAGGACGCGGACUGCCCCUUCACGAAGGAGAACCACUCGUGCCGCGGCGCGGGGACCUGCGAGCCCGGGGCGCGCGGCGCGCCCGAGGCCCGCGGGAAAUGUGUCAACAAUAAAUGUAUGCGGCUAUCCGACAAAACCCACAUCUACGACGUGGCGAAUCGGCCGUGGUUACUGCCAGCGAUCGCGGACGCGGCCGAGGACGCGGCGUCGAAGGCGUUCCUGCGCGGCCUGAUCCGCCUCGCGGGCCGCGGCCAGCCGGAAGAGCGGCCGUCGUUCCAGGAGCUGUUGGAUCGCGUCGACCGGUUCAUAGCGAAGCCCCUCCCCCAAACACCGGGCCCGAAGGAGCGUUUAUACAAGUCGAGCGUGAUCCAAGACAGCGCGCACCGACGCAAGUCGUUCUGGGACUACGCGUCGGUGUCGUUCACGGACCUCGGCAAGGCCGGCGGCGUGCGUGUGAGAGACCUGAUCCAGGGCCUUUGUGAGGACCGGGGCUUGACAUGCUGGGAGUCGCAGGUGGAAGGUCACGGCAAGGAGAUCCCCAAGCAUUACGCCCCGAAGAGGUUCCGCGAAGUGCGCGUGCGCAAUCGGGGCUCGAUGCCGAAGAAGUUCAGGGGCAAGGCGGGCGCACUGGACGUCCUGUACGGCCAGUUCUACGACGAGAAUCCGACCCUGAUGUGGACGACGACGCUCCCGCCCGAGGUCUUCGCCUUCACGGUCGUCUCGGACGCGUGGCGCGUCGUCCGGUCCUCGUACUACGACCGUCACGAGGACCUCGACGACCUCGACGCGUUCGUCAACGCGUCGUUCCCGCACGGCGUCCAGCGCCACGCGCAGCGGCUGGCCGGUAUGCAAUACAGCCGCCUCGUGGCCGUCACGCGGAGCCAGUGCGACCGCGCGCUCCGCAACCUCGACGCGUUCGAUUUAAUCGUCGACGCGGCGUCAUUGGCGGGCGGCGGCCUGCGCGACCUCGCGGCGCUUUUAUACGGCCUCUACGACGUCGACGCCCCCGAAGUCGCCUCUCCGAAGCCCGUCGGCGACCUGGCCGCGUCGCCGGCGGCCAAGGCGCGCGUCCUCGAGGAAAGCUGGUGCCAUUCCGAGAUAUACGCCGCGGCGCGGCAGCUGCCGGCAUUCGUCGCGUUUUCUUCCUAG